UCCAGACUUUUGCAAAGAUUGAGAAUGAGUACCAUGUUGAAGUGGGAAGUCCGCAUGAAAUGAAAGGUGCUCGAAGUUUGAUGCCGAAACUCUCGAACACUUUUCAUACUGACGCAGUAGCACGUAUGCUGCCAGAGUUCGCUACGGAUCAGGUAUACAUUUAGAAACGAGAAGAUGUUGAAGAUAUCAGGUGUCUACCGUUGAGUUGAUUUCAUCUUCUUGCUAAAGAUAAGUUGAAAUAGUACUGGUUGUAGACCGAUUUCAUUGGCACGCAAGGUUAACAUCACGUUAGUUUUGUCCGUUCCCAAAUAACAGAUCGACGAUGCGUCUGGUCUUGAUCAUGCUGAGGAAGGGAGGUCCCCUCAUGAUGAUCCCGUACUUUUUUCGGCGGAUGGUCAAAUGCGGACACGAGGUGGAGGAGAGCAGAGUCCUACUAGUAUAGCAGCACGAAAAAAGUCCAAGAAUAGCAAGUCUCCAACAUCAGUAGAUGAAGCAGAGGCCUCUCCAGGCUCUCCUCCUGGUAAAAAUAGUACAUCGAGACGAUCAUGGAACGUGACAAUGCAGGAGCGGACUCACCCCC